UCGUUGUAAAGAUCGGAUUUGUUUUGUUGUGGUACAGCUCGUAGAUGUUGAUAUUGCUAGAGGGAUGUAUUGCCGUAAGUAACCUCGGUGGCUUUCAUAAUGAAAGCGAACGCCUUUCAUCAACAGAGUAGCUUGUUCGUCUGCUAUGUUUAACAAAGUUUGUAAUAAGUGAUAAGAACUUCGGUGCUAGUGAAUUGUCAUAACAACAUGUUUCUUGUUUCCAUAGAAUGCAUUUGCUUUAUUUUUGAUAAGAAUAAAAUAAUGAGUGUUGACAUACGUUUAGAUCAAAACGUUGAAAAAGUACCUGAAGUGGAUUUACAUCAUAUUCCAUGUAAAAUUGAAGCCAACGAAACUGCAAAUAUUUCAAAGUUCUUUUGCCCCAAAAGUGUUAAGACAGAGAGUAAAGAAACACUGUCAGCUUCUUUCAGGGGGAGACCUUUAGAUGGAAAGAAUAUUACUCUUCCUGAUGGUUAUAUUGGAGCAGUAAUAACGGAAAAACAGAGGCCAUUUUCUGAGGAGGAAAACCGGGAAUUGGAUGUUACUGGGAAGUUUAAAGUAUUCACAAAGUGGUACCUUGGUUCACAGUUUGCAGGUGGAAAUUCAAUGGACAAAGCUUGCUUAACAUGGACCAGCAAUCUUGCUUCUGUGAUUCAUGAUCCUGUUGAACCAAAACAUGAUUGAAGACCUGGCCACCUCAGUAAAACUAAAUUCCAGUAUCAAAGCAUUCCUUGUGAUUUCCUUUUUAAGGCAAACUUCUUUAAAACAUGUUUGCUAAAGCUAUAACUCUAAAAUGUAUUUUAUUAUUCCCUAACAAUGUAACAUUUACAUCACAUACAAAUCUUCAUUUAUUUUUGAAG